UUCAAACUUUACUUCUGCGAUCUGGCAACACCGGCGAGUCAAAGCGCGGACUACAAAAGUCUUAGAACGCCAGAAAUUCUUGAUUUAUAUAGUGAGGUAUAGAAUUUCGAAAAUAGAAGCUGUUAAAAUGAGUUCAAGGGAGUCACCUAUGAAUUUGGAUGAGCCAGAUGAUGAAAUAAAUGCUGCAUAUUUUCGUGAAGAAGUUAUAAAGUGCGCAUUGAUGGAGAGAUGGGAACAUGUAGCUCUUCUAUUCAUUAAGCUACCGAAAGAACAAGGGCCAGGAUUAAGUUCUACGACUACACCAAUGGAGGAUCUUGUAUGCGAAGCUAGAAAAGCACUUUAUCUAGAAAGUGAUGGCAUAACUUAUAAUCUGCAUGUUAUCCCAGAAUUCUGGCAACCAUCCGAUGAUUUGUAUCUGCUUCUGAUCUUUCUUGAGCAUGGAGAUGUGAUCCAGUGUGAUCCAACCUAUUUUUCUAAACGAUUCCAUGUAGCUGCUCGGAAACAGCGCUUGGAGGCUAUUUUAAGAAAUCAAAUUUUGCGAAGGAGAAUACUUCAGACUAUUCGAAGGCUUUCAUAUGAAACUAGAUGCAGAAUUAAGUCUCGUGUUAUUUUCAGUGAAGAAAAGGAAACUAUCAUGCGUUUCCUUAUAAAAGAUGUUGAUGACGCUGACAUGUACAGAGCACUAGGCGCCUUCUGGGGGAUUGACUCAAGUUUAGUCAGAGGCCACUUUGCCUUUCUUAGAUCUUUUGUAGAUCGACCAAGUGGAGAUUUGCCAAGAGCAGAUGUGUCUUUGUUAGCUGUAAGACGUGACAGGAUUAUAGCUACCAUCUAUAUGAAAACGCACCUCUCCAUUUACAACUUGGAUGCUGUGUUGAGAAAUUACAUUUUUAGUCAGUAAAAUCGGUACCGAUUUUGUCAAAAAUAUUGUGAUGUCAUUUUAUGAGAGUUGUCAUGUAUUUUAUGAAAUUUACUAUUAUCUGUUUGUAAUUUUUAAAUAUUUUAUUUUUAUGUUUUUUAUAAUGCUUUGUAACUUGCAUAUGUAUUUCUAUGCAAAAUAAAUAUUUCUGACAUAA